AUGAGCAAAGUCGUCGUCGAUAUCUCUCCCAAUGAUAAGAUUGCCACCAUCACGUUCACACGAGAUGCGACGCUGAACGCCAUCACCAAAGAAGAUUACGAUGCUUUCGCCAUCGCUCUUCGGGAGAUCGACGCCAAUCCUGACGUUUUGGUGACCGUGUGGCAAGGGAAGUGGUUUUGCGCCGGUACGGACGUGAAGUCUCGAGAAGCCACCGCACCGACUUUACGCCACAACUUCUUACAACGAGUCGCAGCUGCCAACACCGAAACGAGCCACGCAUUGUAUACACAUAGCAAGAUUUUGGUUGCUGCGCUGAAUGGUCCAGUCAUAGCCUUCCUGGGCAACUUCGACUUCAUUUAUUGCAUGGAGAAUGCGUGGCUUUCGGUGCCAUUCGCUUUCCUCGGCCUUGUGACCGAGGGUGGCUCAAGUGUCAGUUUCGUGAAUCGCAUGGGUGUGGCAAAGGCAAACGAAACUUUGAUUUGGGGCAAGAAGCAGACGUCCCGAGACCUGCUAGCUUGCGGCUUCGUCAACCAAAUAUUUCCCCAACAAGACGUGGCUUCCUUCCAUCGCGCCGUUCGAGAUCUCCUCCUCUCAGAAUUGUCAGACCUCGUCCCCAGCUCUGUCUUGGCCGUCAAGAAACUCAUCAAGACCGGCUUGCGCGAGAAGAACGAUCCGGACGCGGUCAAUCUCAGGGAGAGUUUCGAGCAGGCUGCGAGGCUACAUUCUGGGAUACCGGCAGAGAGAUUUCACAAGAUAUCGACGAAGAAGAUUCGGCAUAAACUUUAA